AACCAUAUGGUAAUAGCCAAUAAAAGACUCCAUCUUUUUGCAUUCUAUUACAAGACACACCACUCUCUCUCCCUCUCUCUCUCUGGCUAUAGCUCCAUCCACCACCACCACCACCACCGUCCCUUUUGAGCUCCGCCACCUCUUUUGACCACCCGUCAUCCAGCGCCGCCACCAUUUCAAGAUUUUCGUGGAGCAAAAAGGGCUCUUCUGGGGUUGGAGUACAUAUUUUUGUUGAAGUGAUCACCACUUCAUUUUCAAAGAAGAUGGGAGAGAUGUCAGGCUUCCAGUUGGGUGUGAUUGGUGCAUUGUUUCUUUCCGUCGCGUCGUCGGUGUCCAUAGUCAUCUGCAACAAGGCCCUCAUGAGCAAUCUUGGUUUCCCAUUUGCCACAACGCUUACUAGUUGGCACUUGAUGGUAACGUACUGCAGUCUUCAUGUGGCGUUGCGCUUAAAUUUCUUUGAAAACAAGCCGAUCGACAUGAAGACGGUCAUCCUCUUUGGCAUUCUAAACGGCGUUUCCAUUGGAUUCCUCAACCUCAGCUUGGGAUUCAACUCCAUCGGGUUCUACCAGAUGACAAAACUUGCAAUAAUACCUUUCACUGUCCUGUUGGAAACUCUGUUCCUCAAGAAACAAUUCAGCCAGAACAUUAAGCUAUCUCUAUCAGUCCUGCUGCUUGGAGUCGGCAUUGCAUCCGUGACCGACCUUCAGCUCAACUUCGUUGGGACGAUUCUGUCGCUUCUAGCCAUCAUAACGACUUGCGUUGGCCAAAUUCUCACAAACACAAUACAGAAGAGGCUGAACGUUUCGUCAACUCAGCUGCUGUAUCAGUCAGCCCCAUUCCAAGCAGCUGUGUUGUUUGUAUCAGGGCCUUUCUUGGAUCAGUGCCUAACUAAGCAGAACGUCUUUGCUUACAAAUACUCUCCCAUUGUUCUGGGGUUCAUAGUCCUUUCAUGCUUGAUAGCUGUGUUUGUGAACUUCAGCACAUUCUUGGUGAUUGGGAAGACAUCACCAGUGACAUAUCAGGUUUUGGGACAUCUGAAAACAUGUCUUGUUCUUGCAUUUGGGUACACUCUGCUGCAUGAUCCCUUCACUACAAGAAACAUCAUUGGCAUACUUAUUGCCAUUGUUGGGAUGGGAUUGUAUUCUUACUUCUGCACCAAUGAAACCAAAAGGAAACAAGAUGGAGACAUUUCCUCUUUGUCCCAGAUCAAAGAGAGGGAUAGUACACCACUGCUGGUGAGCCAUCAGGACAAAGAAUCCAAAGACUCCCUUGUCUGAAACUAGAGGCCCCUGGCUGUUUGAUUACUAAAACAGUUUUUGUUCUUUAUUUCUAAUUUUAAUUCUUUUGCAAUAUUAUAUAUAUAUAUAGGUUGCAAGAGUGUAAAACAUGUUGAUUCUUUUUUCAUGUAAUAAAAUCUUGUGUGGGACA